GAAUCGGGUUCAGUCCGUGGGUUUGAAUGGCAGCCGACUCCAGAGUGCUCGCCUGGGAAAUUCCACGGACAGAGGAGCCUUCCGGGCCGCAGUGCAUGGUGGGGGCUGCGGAAGAGUCGGCCAUGAUUGAGCAAGUGAGCAGCAGCAGCUCCAGGCCGCUGUGUGGAGUACAGAUCUGUCUAUGGCAGUACAGAAAUUUUCCCAGUCGCUGCAGGAUUUCCAGUUUGAAUGUAUCGGUGAUGCUGAAACAGAUGAUGAAAUUAGUAUCGCUCAGUCACUAAAAGAAUUCGCAAGACUACUUAUCGCAGUAGAAGAAGAAAGGAGAAGACUGAUUCAAAAUGCUAAUGAUGUAUUAAUUGCACCACUUGAGAAAUUUCGCAAAGAACAAAUAGGUGCAGCAAAAGAUGGAAAGAAGAAAUUUGACAAAGAGAGUGAAAAAUACUAUUCCAUUCUUGACAAACAUUUAAAUUUGUCUGCAAAGAAAAAGGAAUCUCAUUUGCAAGAGGCAGAUACACAGAUUGACCGAGAACAUCAGAACUUCUAUGAGGCAUCACUAGAAUAUGUCUUUAAAAUUCAAGAGGUUCAGGAAAAAAAGAAGUUUGAAUUUGUCGAACCGCUUUUAUCGUUCCUUCAGGGUUUAUUUACUUUCUACCAUGAGGGAUAUGAACUCGCCCAGGAAUUUGCACCAUAUAAACAACAGCUGCAGUUCAACUUGCAGAAUACGAGGAAUAAUUUUGAAAGUACUCGACAAGAGGUAGAGCGAUUGAUGCAGAGGAUGAAAUCUGCCAAUCAAGAUUACCGGCCACCCAGCCAGUGGACAAUGGAAGGCUACUUGUAUGUCCAGGAGAAACGACCUCUUGGUUUUACAUGGAUUAAACAUUAUUGUACAUAUGAUAAAGGAAGUAAAACUUUUACAAUGAGUGUUUCAGAAAUGAAAUCCAGUGGGAAAAUGAAUGGCCUUGUUACUAGCUCACCAGAAAUGUUUAAAUUAAAAUCUUGUAUCCGACGAAAGACGGAUUCAAUUGAUAAACGAUUUUGCUUUGACAUAGAAGUGGUCGAAAGGCAUGGGAUCAUCACAUUGCAAGCCUUUUCAGAAGCUAAUAGAAAACUCUGGCUUGAAGCCAUGGAUGGGAAGGAACCGAUUUAUACCCUGCCUGCAAUUAUCAGCAAGAAAGAAGAAAUGUACUUAAAUGAAGCAGGGUUCAACUUUGUGAGAAAAUGCAUCCAAGCUGUGGAAACGAGAGGCAUCACCAUUUUAGGUCUCUACCGAAUAGGAGGAGUGAAUUCCAAAGUGCAGAAACUCAUGAAUACCACAUUUUCUCCCAAGUCCCCUCCUGACAUGGACAUUGAUAUUGAGCUGUGGGAUAAUAAGACAAUAACAAGUGGACUGAAAAACUACCUCAGGUGCCUUGCAGAACCACUGAUGACUUACAAAUUACACAAAGAUUUUAUUGUUGCUGUUAAAUCUGAUGACCAAAACUACCGGGUGGAAGCUGUACAUGCAUUGGUGCACAAGUUGCCAGAGAGAAACAGAGAGAUGCUGGACAUCUUAAUAAAGCACCUGGUCAAAGUGUCCCUACAUAGUCAACAAAAUCUCAUGACAGUCUCAAACCUUGGUGUUAUAUUUGGUCCAACUCUAAUGAGAGCACAGGAAGAAACUGUGGCUGCCAUGAUGAAUAUUAAGUUUCAGAACAUUGUGGUUGAAAUUCUGAUAGAGCACUAUGAAAAGAUUUUUCACACUGCCCCAGACCCCAGCAUCCCUCUUCCUCAGCCUCAGUCUCGAUCCGGAUCCCGGAGGACGCGUGCAAUCUGCCUCUCCUCAGGCUCCCGGAAGCCCAGAGGAAGGUAUACUCCGUGUUUGGCAGAACCUGACAGCGACUCCUACAGCAGCAGCCCCGACAGCACGCCCAUGGGGAGCGUCGAGUCCCUCUCCUCCCACUCCUCCGAGCAGAACAGCGCCACGAAGCCUGCCUCCUGCCCGCCCAGGGAGAGGUCUGCCGGCAUCCCUUGGAUUGCGGCCCCAUCGCCCAGCAACGGACAGAAGAGCCUUGGUCUCUGGACCACGAGUCCCGAGUCAAGUUCUCGAGAAGACGCAACCAAAACGGACGCGGAAUCAGACUGCCAGAGCGUCACCUCCGUCACCAGUCCCGGGGACGCGUCCCCACCCAUCGACCUGGCCAAGAAGGGGCCCUACGGGCUCUCGGGACUGAAAAGAGCCUCAGCUUCCUCCCUCAGAUCCGUCUCUGCGGCUGAAGGAAACAAGAGCUACAGUGGAUCCAUUCAAAGUUUAACUUCCAUAGGUUCCAAAGAGACACCCAAAGCCACGCCAAACCCAGAUCUGCCUCCAAAAAUGUGCAGGAGGUUAAGGCUGGACACCACCUCCAGCAACGGCUACCAGCGCCCCGGCUCCGUUGUGGCAGCAAAGGCCCAACUGUUUGAAAAUGUUGGUUCAGUUAAGCCAGUUUCUUCUGGACGCCAAGCCAAAGCCAUGUACUCCUGCAAAGCAGAGCACAGCCAUGAGCUUUCCUUCCCACAGGGGGCGCUAUUCUCUAACGUGUACCCAUCAGUGGAACCAGGAUGGUUGAAGGCAACUUAUGAAGGCAAAACAGGACUCGUCCCAGAAAAUUAUGUUGUCUUCCUCUAAUGCUAUUUAGUGGACGGCAGUAUCUUCAUGGUAUCCAUGGUAACAAGUAAUAAGUGCUAUGAUUUUAUCUGACACAGAUAUGAGGAUCAGCCCAUUAAAAUGAAAAAUAAUCCAUUUCUAGCGAGUUUUCCACAGCAGAAUAUGUAGCUCCAUUAACGGAAAGGGGAAAAAAAUGUUUAAGUUUUUGCCAUUCUUUUUUAUCUUGGGCUGAUUUCUUAUUUUGAAAUAGCUUAUCCCCAUCCCCUGCUUUUUUUCUUUUAAUAAGUAACUCUCCACAAUGUCUCUUUCAUAACAUUUAUAAAAAUCUCAAAUACUGUGUUAAGUACUACAUCCCAGAAAUCUGGAAACCAGAAAUCUGCUAUAAGACUUUUAAGACCUGCCCUUUACUGUCCAGUAUUCUCUGAGAAACCUUGAAAUCAUUGCUAAAAAAAUGUAAUUUAAGCUGUUCAUUUAUUAUUUUUUCUUAAAAAUAUACUACUUUUAUAUAUGAUUGUUUUGCUGGUCCUAAACAUUUCAAGGAAAUAAGGGGGUUUUUUUUGACAUAAGUUUAUUUUUAUUUGUUUACCAAGUAGAUGAUAAUAUUCAAAAGCAAUAAUGUAUAUGGUGUCUGUAAAUGAAACCAAGUCAUACACUGAUUCUGCUGUAAACACUCUGUCCAGCAUUCCAGAUGCCGUCUAUGUGCUUAGAGCAGGGAUCAGCAAACUACUUCUGCAGAAGCUUAAUAGGAAAUACUUUGGGCUUGGCAGGACCUGUUGUCUCCAUCACCCUGUUCAGACUGCCGUUGUAGUGGAGAGUAGUCACAGACAACACAUGAAUGGGUGUGCCUGUGUAUCAAUACAGCUUUCUUUUGUGACGCUGAAGUCUGAAAUUGUGAAUCUGUCAUGCCAUAAGAUAUUAAGCUUCUUUGACUUUUAAAAAAAUCCAUUUAAAAAUAGAAAUUUAUAGCUGAUGUGCCAUACAAAAGCAGGUGGCAAGCCAAAUUUGACUUAUGGGUCAUGGUUUGCUGAUCCCUGGUUUGAAGGAUGUGUAAAACUGUCUGUAUUUGAGAUUUUAUGAAAUUUUACUCCAUUAACAUAUAAAUACUAAGUGAUAUGCACAUACCCUCUGCUAGAAUCAGUAUAGUGGUAUCACACAUGUGUAAUUACAAUGAUAGGAAAAUGAUGGAAAAGUACAGUAUACAAGCAUACAGCUUAAAUUCUACUUGUUAUUCUGUAAAGUGUCCAAGGAUUUUAUUGAUACCCUUUUGGCUCCAAAUGAUAAAGAUGAUGUGUUAAGACAGUAGUUGGAAGACUAUGCCUUCUAAAGUCUGUGAUUAGUUGAGGCAUAAUCUUAACAUAAAGGUACAGGAUUCUUAAAUUAUUUUGAAAUUAUUUCAUCAUCUUUAGCAGGAAUAAAGUCAUAUAAAAUUUUCCAUUAUGCCUUUCGAUUUACAGCCUUUAAUAGAAAUUUCACUGUAUUUAUAGAGCAUAGAAAUAGGUAUUUACUAUACAUUUAUAUAUACCAUAAUUAUCUGGUCAUAUGUUGACCACUUCUUCUAUUAUUUCUAUUUAACAACCCUCAUACUAUUUCUAACAUAUCUGCAUGUGGCAAAGAGCCUUUCUUCUCAAGAUUCCCAAAAGCUGGUUCUCUGCCAUGGAUUGCCACAGCACUGGCCCGCUUGGCCACAGUAUUGUACAUGCUACUUCAAAGGUCUUCACUGUAUAGACACUCAGGUAUUGACUGUAGACAGUUCUUCUUACAUGAUACUGCUUUGUAAUCUCCAUCUCUUCUACUUUAAGUUAAUGUUUCUAGAGUUAAUAGGUAUAUUAUAUACAUACACAACUAUGCCUUGGAGCAUUUAUGCUUUUAAAAUUAAAAAUGGAAUAAUGGAUUAGGAUUUAGAGGUAAAUAGAAUAACAGUAGGCAGAAUUACAACCAGAAAUAAAUAUCAGCAUGGAAAUAAAGGAAUGGAAAAUAUUUAAUGUUGUAAAAAUCAGUAAUAUAAUGAAAAAAUCAGAUACAUUUGUCUCCUUUUUUUUUUUUUUACCUGCUACUGUUGAUUUUUGUACACUAUGAUUAUGCGUUGCUAGAGCUUCUUGGCCUCUAGAUCCUUGGUGGUCCUUAGUAAUUGCAUUGCUGACAUCCUGACUGCCCUCUGCUGGAACAGAGGUGGUCUCUCUAAGGGACCUGGUUCUUCAUCCACAGCACCCUCAGUUUAAGCACCCUUGCUAGCAUCUGGCAUCCUACUAAAUUAAAGCCUCUUAAGGCAAAUUGAUUUUCUUUCAAAGACCAACUUGACUCUGAAAAGAGAUUCAGAGUCCUUCUUCACUUGCUGCUGCAGAGAGAAAUCUCAACCUUCAUUUUCCUUUAACAUGGCCAGCGUGUUCCUGCCUCUGAGUUGUCUGUGAGCUAAUUCUACAGAUGGUCAGUGAGGAAUUAAACCUUUUGCUCUUAAAAGUCAUGGGCAUGAAGCCCCUCUCCUUCUUUAUGGUGAGUCAUAUACUGUGACAGUACUUGAUAUGGUCCCUUUUUGAAAUAAGCUGCGAAAUGCUUGUCCCAGUUAUGCUUUUGUUUGAAGUUUUAAUCUCCCAGAUUUGUGAGAAUGGUUCUUUUUCCUUCACAUUGAUUGUUCAUGGAAGCAAGUCAUGGCCCUAUGCUACCGCUCAAAUGAAGCUGCUUUUCCCUAGAAAUGUUUCCAACAGAUAAAAGUAUUUAUGAACAUUGAGAAAACCAGGGCAUGUGCUGUGAUCACAUGGAAUAGUCAUUACACCAGAAGGUACAUGCCAGUCACUACAAGAAGAUCAUAUUUGAAAUGACAACAGUGUUUCGGUAAUGAAACUGUAGCCUUUCAGAGACUCAGUGAAGAUACUUUAGAAUUGCCACAUCCACACCUUGGAAACUUCAGGCCAGGUGGGCACCCUAAUCACUGCUGACAGUAGAAUAAGGGUGCGGAGACUCACGAGUCCAAGGCAGUCAUCUCAUCUGUUAGAUGAAGAUAUCCUUGAGUGCAAGACCUCGCUGUGUUUCAAGGUGACUCUUGUACCACAGCUGCCGGCUUAUAAGCAGGAGUCGGUUAGGUGAAGGCUUUUUGUUUUGUGUGAAUGCCUGAGCAGUGAGAUGAUCUCUGUAUCGCUCUGAAGUCUGUGAGGCAUGAGGAAGUACCGUUCCUCCUUGUUUGACGGGGGUGCUUUUACCCUUGUAUUCGCUCUCUGCCUCGCACUGUGAGUGGGUAUAACCAGGCAUCCCAACAGCGGCUCACUGAUGGCUCUUACAGGAAGGGAAGAGGUUUUUUUUUUCAAACGCGCCUUCCAAACUUUCCAGGUUCUCAAAUAAGAAAAGAAGGCAAAGAGACAAUGAUUUGGGGAUUCUUUUCUGUUCUGUGGUAAUAGCUUUUACUUAUUGUGGCAUGCCCCCUAAAAAUCCACCAUGAUGUCAGGAAACUGAAUCUGCUCUGCAGUCUUAGGAAAUUAAACCUGCUGGCUCCUCACUCCGGCCUUCUUCAGGUCUGUGCGUGUCUGAUGUGCAGGGUCUCAUUCACAAGGAUGCUGGUUUACAAGGGUCCCUCAGAGCCUUUCUUCAAAGCCCUUCCAUUCUUAGUAUGCCUCCCCCAGUUAGAUAUUUGGGGUGCCUUAAUCAGCAGUUAGAACUCCAUCUUGAUUUGUACUUUGUUGACUGAAGUUAGAGGUGGACUCAUUUCAGAACGGGUUUUGUUCUUUAGUUUUACAAUGUAUUUGUAGUUCGCAGCUGUUACUAUGACCUAACAUCACUGAGUUAGACCCCAAAGUCAUGUCAUUUGCUAAAGGAAAAAAGUAGAGACCUAAUUACUGUCCAGAAGUUAUUUUCUUCUUUAGUAUAAGUUUCCCACUUUGAGUAGAUAUUGCUGUUAACUUUUGCCUCUUACCCUGUUUGCUUACCUUCCAAAAUCGAAACACUUUUCCCAGAGAAUUAUCAGCCUAUUGAGUAGACUUCUGAAUAAUCUGUAUCCUACCUGUCUCCUGUCGAUCCUCAGACAUAAUUCAGGUACUUAUCAACGACUCUCACAUCUCUUCACCACAUUCACUGUAUCCAUUUGUUGUCACCAGUAUCUCCUUGCCUCAGAUCUAUGUGGUAGUAACCUUGGACAAAUUCACAUUUACGGAUGGCAUGGACUUUUAGAGGAUCAGAUCAAUAAAUAGGAUUUUUCACCUUUUUUUGGACUGUUGUGUUCACUGUUUUAAACAGGAAAUCUCAAGUACAUUGACAGCACUCACAGCAAGCCAUAGGCAGAAAACUGAUUACAUGUUCUGGUCCAAAGUUUCUAAGUCACUGUGUGACUUAGGGAGUCUAACAGAUCAGCCUCUCUCCGUGGCGCUCACGGGAGGGACGCCACACUCAGAGGUUGGGCGUCCUUUCCUCGGUGCCGUAGGGAGGAAUGGGGUCUCUGUGUGUGCUGCAGACCCUCACCAUCCUUGGUGGUCACGGCCAGGGCCACGGGAGGACCGCUGAUGCUGGAGGCGGUGCCUGCCCCACCGUAGGUAGGUGACCACUUUCUGCCCUUGCACCAUCUCUCGACAAGGUUCCCAUGGUCUUUACCCUUCCAGAGCCCAGCUCUGCCUUGAAUCCAUUGUCUCUUAGAUUAAUGCUGUGCGUUGUUUUUUAUAUGCAGAAAGUUGGAGAUUUUAUGUCUGCCUCUGUAUCUUCGGUCAUGAUUUAUGCUUAACAGCUGAGAAGGCAUCACAUAUCAAGGGCUGUGAUUUCAAGAGCCUUUUUGAACUCUAAGCUGAAGCCUUUACAAUAUAUUGGGAGUGUGGCAGGGAAGAUGACUUUUUUUUUAAAAUUCAAAUCCUAUUUAUAUACUGUUAAAUUUGAGGUACUAUAGUUUAUAUAAAAGUUGAAUAUUUAGAUGAUAUAUUUCAGUAUUAGGAAUUUGUCUGAAGCCAUUAAUUAACAUAACAAAUUAAAUAAUAAGUAUGAAGAUGAUUGUCAGUAAAUUAUCAUAUUGAAUUUUUUGUUUAUUUUGUAGUGUCUUGUAUUUAUCUGCACUUUGUGUGUAUAUAUAUAUAUACACACACAUACAUAUACAAACAUGUAAAUAACUUCAUGUUAUUCCUUAUCUGAAUUGCCACAAUUUCUUUAAUGUAUGUUUACACUGUAUUUUAAAUUACUUUAAAAUAAACUAUGUUUAGCACAUUUUAA